AUGGCCACCAUGAAAGAAACACUGGUCAACGCCGAUCUCACCACCACGACGCAAAAGGUUGCCGUUCCCACCCCGCAGCCAGGCCAGGUCCGCAUCAAGGUCGUCGUAUCUGGCACCAACCCGAAAGACUGGAAGAUCCCCCAGUGGAUCCUCAAAGGCCCCCAGAACUCGGGCGAUGAUAUCGCCGGAGUCGUCGAUGAAGUUGGCGAGGGUGUCGUUGGUUUCAGAAAGGGGGACAGAGUAGGCGCCUUUCACGAGAUGAUGGAGCAGAGCGGGAGUUUUGCAGAGUAUGCCAUCGCCUGGGCGCGAACGACCUUCCAUAUCCCUCAUGACACUACUUUCGAAGAAGUAGCGAGCAUUCCCUUGGCGGCAACGACAGCUGGACUGGCCGUCUACCAGCGCCUCAGGCUGCCCAUGCCAUGGCAACAGGCGCAGAAGCGGACACCCCUGGUCGUGUACGGCGGCGCAUCGGCUGUGGGGGCCUACGCCAUCAAGUUUGCUUCGCUGGCUAAUGUGCAUCCCAUCGUCGCCAUCGCGGGCCGUGGAAUCCCCUACGUCGAGACACUGCUCGACAAGUCCAAGGGUGACAAGGUCAUUGACUACCGCGAAGGCGAGGAGCACGUCAUCAAGGAGCUGCAAAGUAUUGAGCCCAACGAUGAGGGAAAGAUGCAUGCUGUCGAUGCCGUCUCAGAGAAGGGCACCGUUGGACACUUGGCUAAGAUGAAAGCCAAGGACAUUCAGAUUGCGACCGUCCUCGACACUACCAUCAAACCAGAGGCUCUGGCUGAAUUACCGAAGCAUGUCAACAUCAUGUUCACACAGGUGGGGCACGUUCACCGAGUCUACUAUCCCAACCUCGAAAAGGACGUCCCCUUUGACAAGCAAUUUGGCGCCAUACUCUACCCCUUUAUCAGCCUAGGACUACAAGAAGGCUGGUUCUCGGGGCACCCGUACGAAGUCGCUCCAGGUGGUCUGGAAGAGGGAGUCAAAGUAGCCAUGGGGAAGCUAUCGCGCGGUGAAGUAUCAGCAAAGAAGAUGUUGAUUAGGGUGGCAGACGAUGAAUGA